AUGGACCUCGUCACCGUCGUGGACCGCAACACCACCCUCACCAUCCUUCCGCCCGAACCGACCGACGACAAGCAUGCGUUCAACCGGCCCGCAACGAUCGUCAUGGCCGCUACGGAGGCCCCGCCGGACUACGACUCGUCCUCGUCUUCGCCGACAUUUGUGAGCGGCGAGCACACAACGAGGGUCAAGCCCGUCCCGCUCGAGCCCGUCACGUUCAAGUACGAGUCUCCGACGCGGGGCGUCGCUCGACCCACAGUCGAAUCUGCUCCGUGGCUAGAACGGGCGCACGUGUCGCCCUCGAUGCUCAGGUAUUCGCAGACGGCGCAUUUCGACCCCAGUGCCGUCCUGGAUCGGUUCCCCGCGACGAACCGCAUCACCGUCUUCUCUGGGAAGGAUCCCAUACGCGGGACGUAUGUCAUCGAUCCGCAGCUCAUGACGCUACAUUCUACGAAUAUGUUCAUCAAGCACAAGCACAUGCGCACGCAGCGUAUCUUACAUGGCGCGGAGAUGUCGAAUGUCCGGGGAGCCGGCCGCGAGCAGGACGGCUGGAGCUGGGACCAGGCCAUCAAGCGCGUCAACGAUCGCACGCUGAGCGCGGCUUUUACGAGUCGCAGAGGGCCAAUUUCGUUGGACCUCAUUAUUGCAGCGACUGUCCGGGGCUCCUGGAGCGCGGUACCGGACGGACGAUGGCCCGCCCCUAUAUCAGUGACCACGAAGCAAGGAGACAUUGCUCUAACUGUGGUAUGCCGCGAUGCCGACUUGAACACUUGGCGCAACAUCCUCGUCCUGAUGCCUCGGUCCUACUCUGGCACAAUUACCCUCCGCACCGGUCGCGAUAUCACCAAAGAGAACGCCUGCUUUCUCCCAAAGCUCUCUCAGGAAGUCCGCGUGCUUCGCAAGUCGGUCCGCGAGGUGGUCGCGUCCUUUCGCGCGCCGAACGCUGGGCAGCAGCCGCAGCAGUCCAGUUCAGAGCAGCAGAUUCCAUCGCAGGAUUACUGCAUGGUCACGUCGAAGCGAGGACGCAUAGCGGUGGGCCUAUGGGGCCUGGAUGAGGCGGUUGGGUGGGACAGACAGCGAAUAGAGCUUCAUGGAAGAAGAGAGUCGGGGGCGAAUUUCUACCUCUGA